AGGCAUCAUAUGUUUUUGAUUACACUAAAAUGGCUAUACUUCUGGGCUGCUGCUAUUUCUUUGGCCCGCGCACUGGUUGCAUUAUAGGUUCAUUGUGGAUAAUGCUAUACUACAGUCUAAUGGCUUACUUUAUGCACUAUCAAAUGAUAAAUUCGCGAAGAGCUACUAUCGACUUUACUACUCGCGAAUAUAAAAAGAAGACUAGAGGCUUUUGGGUACUGGGCAUUUCGUUCAUCGUUAUGGCCUGUGUAACUCUGCUUCUGUUACUCGGAGCUAUUCUGAAGAAAUAUGAAUUCCUGUUCCUGUUUUUACUGGCGCAAAUACCUCCCAUUUCUGUGGAAUCAUUCUAUCUGCUGACCGCCAUCAUAUACGGCAUAGAAUUCGAAAGUUUUGUUAUAUAUCUUGUGCCUCUUGGAAUUUUGAUCUACAUCGAUCUGGUUGUGUGCUCAUAUUUCUAUGAGCUAAAAAGUCUUAAAAGGCUGAGAGCUGUGUCCGAAUUUAAUAUAGAAUAUUGAAAGCAUUUUGCCAAGUUAGCAUCAAUUAAAAUAUACAUACAUAUAUAUUUUUAUAUUUUAUAUGACUUAAGAUCGUAUGCCACUUUUUCCGGUAGAACACACAGAAGACAGCGAUAAGGUUGGAUGACUUGAGAGCAGGAAAACAUGUCAAGAAAUAAAAACAAAAAUGAUUUAUCAUAAUGGGAGUUGGAGUCUGACUCGGGGUCCAAUUCGGAAUUGGAAUUGGGGUUGGACCUGGACUUGGAGUUGGAGAUGGAGAUGGAGUUGGAGCUGGAGUUGGAGUCUGUGCUCCCAGCGGCGUUGCCUAAACGGGCGAUAACGGCCAAGACGAAGACCAAAGUCGAGGACGGCAUGCGGCUGCUGAUGGCGGAUGGCUGAUGGCGACGAACGUGGAGAUAUCGGGCCAAGAACGGUGCGUCUGGAUGUCAACUCUUCAUAUAAAAAUUAACGAAAUAUAAAUUAAAAAAUAUGCCCUACCUCUCCUCGCUGGGCGAUGAAAUAAA